AGUUGGGAAAUGGGAAUUAUCAGAGGGUUGUAGAAAUUUGGUGAAAUUCCCGCUGUCGGGAUGAGGACGAUCCAUCUCAGUCAAUUGAGAUUUGUGUUUUAUUUCUUUCAGGGGGAAGCUGGUCGCAAGCAAAGGGUUCGUGAUGAAGCCAAACCACUGUCGGUGGUAGAUGAAGCCUUGCCGAUUGAAAAGUUUCAUUGCCCUGCAUCGUUCAACACGGCAUUCAAAAAAAUAUCUGAUGACCUCAAGUCCUACCCUGCACUACAGUUUGGUGAAGUGAAAGUGCACAGUCACAAAAUGGAGAAAGCUGGUCGCGAGCUAAGGGUUUGUGAUGAAGCCAAACCACUGUCAGUGGUGGAUAAAGUCUUACCGAUUGAAAAGUUUUGUUGCCCUGUUUCGUUCAACACGACACUCAAAGAAACAUCUGAUGACUUCAAGCGAGUCUCCGUCACCCUGGAUGUGGAAACAGCGCAUGCGCAGCUCGAGGUGUCUGGGGAUCGGAAGAGGGUGAGAGGGACCGGGACCGAGAGGCAUCUCCCUGACACCGGGAAGAGGUUUACAGUCAGUCUGUGUGUGUUGGGAUCGGAGGGAUUCACAUCGGGGAGACAUUACUGGGAGGUGGAGGUGGCGGGGAGUCAGUACUGGAGUCUGGGAGUCGCCGCAGAGUCUGUGGAGAGGAAGGGACCGGUCACACUGACCCCGGAGACUGGAGUCUGGAGCAUCGGGUGGUGGGAUGGCGGGUUUGUUGCAUUCGCCUCCCCUCCAUCCCCUCUCCCCGCCCGUCUCAUCCCCAGGAGGCUGGGAGUUUAUCUCAGUUACGAGUCCGUGACAGUUUCAUUUUACGACGCGGCCACCAAGUCCCAUCUCUACACCUUCACUGGGAAUAAAUUCACGGAGAAACUUUAUCCUUUCUUCUGGACUGUGGAUGGAAACAACUGGCUGAGAAUCUGCUCCGGUUCUGCUCCGGGUGUGUAAAAAAAAUGUCAAUGUGGGAAGAGUGAAAUAAACAGCCACUGAAAUCAGAGCUGUCUGUCUGUCGAUCAGUCAAUUUUAACGUCGUCAAAUUAAACAAAUUGCGAGCAAUUUCGCAAAGUGCAAAGUGAGUAACUCAGCUGGUUUUCCCCAAGAAUGAUACCCAAAGCGUUGAGUUACUCCAACACUUUGUAUCCACAAGUACAUCCACUUCCUCCCGAAUGAGGAAGUUCAAACAGGCUGCCACCUGGCGUCACCUCGUCCGUUACUCAAUUCUACAACACAUUGCACAACACCGUAUCAUGCAAACUAUUCCGAGAAUCAUUUCCCCCAUAAUUUUGCUGGAGCUACUAUAGAAAACAUAGAAAAAUAGGUGCAGGAGUAGGCCAUUCGGCCCUUCAAGCCUGCACCGCCAUUCAAUAUGAUCAUGGCUGAUCAUGCAACUCAGUAUCCCAUCCCUGCCCUCUCUCCAUACCCCCUGAUCCCUUUAGCCACAAGGGCCACAUCCAACUCCCUCUUAAAUAUAGCCAAUGAACUGGUCUGAACUGGCAGAGAAAUCCACAGAUUCACCACUCUCUGUGUGAAAAAUGUUUUAUCCUUAAACUGUGACCCCCUAGUUCUGGACUUCGCCAACAUCAGGAAUAAUCUUCCUGCAUCUAGCCUGUCCAACCCCUUAAGAAUUUUGUAAGUUUCUAUAAGAUCCCCCCUCAA